UGGAAAAUUAGUUUACUUGGUCACGUGUUGUUGUGAAAAUGGCAGCCGCGUGCAGCCUUUCCUCACUCCUGUCACUUCAAACUUCACUGGAAUACGGGCUUGUGGAUGCCGAUUCUGUUCAGGAGAAGGAAAGGCUGGUAUAUCAGUAUUUAAAAAAGGUGGACGAAAGAGAAACAGAUCUGAAAGUUCCUGAAUUUCAAGAAGGGCUGGAAUGGUUAAACACCAAGGAACCUCUAUUUCUAUCAAAACAGCUUUCUGGCAAAGUGGUUGUGCUGGACUUUUUCACAUACUGUUGCAUUAACUGUAUGCAUAUUCUCCCAGACCUUCAUGCAUUGGAGCAAAAACAUUCAGAUAAAGAUGGAGUUGUUGUUAUUGGUGUCCACUCAGCAAAAUUUCCAAAUGAGAAAAUCCUGGAUAAUAUUAAAAGUGCCAUCAUUCGUUACAAUAUAACUCAUCCAGUUGUGAAUGAUCCAGACGGCAGUCUUUGGCAAGAUCUUGAAGUAUCCUGUUGGCCAACCUUAGUCAUACUUGGCCCUCGUGGGAAUAUGCUGUAUUCUUUGGUUGGAGAAGGUCACAAAGAUCGAUUAUUACUGUAUUGUUCAACUGCUUUACAUUUUUACAAGGAAAAAGGUGAAAUCAAAGAUCACAGAAUAGGAAUUGAUCUAUAUGGGAAUUCUGUUCCUUCAUCCCUGUUAGCAUUUCCCAGUAAAGUGAUUUUAGAUUCUACUGGUGAAAAGCUUGUUAUAUCAGACACAGGGCAUCACAGAAUUUUAAUUGCCAAGAGAAAUGGACAGCUGCUUUAUGCAAUAGGAGGUCCAACAAGUGGAUGGAAAGAUGGAAGUUUUGCUGUGGCAAAGUUCAAUUCACCUCAAGGCAUUGCAGUCAUAAAAAACACAAUCUAUGUAGCUGAUACAGAGAAUCAUUUGAUAAGAAUGGUUGACCUAUUAGAAGAAAAAGUAAGCACUAUAGCUGGCGUGGGAAUGCAAGGAACAGACAAAGAAGGAGGAGCUUUUGGGAAGCAGCAGCCCAUCAGCUCUCCGUGGGACUUGGCAUUAGGCACUGCAGGUAGCAAUGAGUAUAAUGUUUUAUGGAUUGCAAUGGCUGGGACUCAUCAGAUCUGGGCUUUGUUCCUUGAUGAUGGAAAACUUCCAAAAGGAAGUGAAAUAAAAAAGGGAACAUGUGUUCGAUUUGCUGGCAGUGGAAAUGAGGAAAACCGGAAUAAUGCCUAUCCUCAUAAAGCUGGGUUUGCUCAACCAUCAGGUUUAUCUCUUGCAUUGGAAGAGCCUUGGAAUUGUAUCUUUAUUGCAGACAGUGAAAGCAGCACCAUCCGCAUGGUGUCCCUAAAGGAUGGUGCAGUGAAACAUCUUGUAGGAGGAGAAAGAGAUCCAGUGAAUUUAUUUGCCUUUGGAGACAUUGAUGGAGUAGGAUUUAAUGCAAAGCUUCAGCAUCCACUUGGAGUUGCUUGGAAUAAACAGAAAGGUUUACUUUAUGUUGCUGACUCAUAUAACCACAAGAUUAAAGUUGUUGACCCCACAACAAAGGAGUGCACAACAUUGGCAGGUACUGGUGAAGCUGGCAGCUCCUUUGCCCAAAACCUUACUGAUUGUGCUUUUAAUGAGCCCGGUGGACUGGCUGUCAAUGAAAAUGGAACAUUAUUAUAUAUAGCAGAUACAAAUAACCACCAGAUUAAAAUACUUGAUUUGGAAGCACAACAUGUGUCACUGUUACCUAUCACUCUGCAGCUAGCCGAUACAGUCGAUAGUUUACGUAGUCCAGUAAGACCGCCCAAGCAGUCCAGAUCCUCCCCAAGGAUUGAAAUGUCAUCUGUAACUGUGUCUGUGGGGCAAAGUCUUCAGUGUGAGCUUGCACUAUCACUCCCAGCAGAUACAAAACUGACAGAGGAAGCUCCAAGUCUUUGGGCAUUAUCUUCAGAAGGCAAUGAUUGGCUUCAAGGGCAGAAUACGGUGGGCCAAAUACAGGACCUAUCAAUACCACAGCUGAUCCCAGUAACCAUACCUUUAGGUCAGCCUGUCACUGGCCUUGUGCUUGUUGUAGAUGUCUUCCUGUACUUUUGCAGUAAAAAGGAUGGGGCCUGCAUGAUGAAGGGGGUGACAUUCAGGCAGCCUCUUCAACUAAGUAGCUCAAACCAAACAAGCACAUCAAAAGUCAUGUUACAGUAUAGCUUCUAGUAAACAGAUACCAAAUAAUUCUGGUUAUGAAAACACUGUGUGGAUGAGAAUAUUUUUGGUUUUAUACUCCUGCUCUUAAUACUUUUAUUAAUUAAACUAUUUAUUUUAUUUCUAUAUGGUAUUAGAUUUUCCUCUGUCUCUUUAAAAUGUGAAAUUUAACACAAAGAAGGACGAAGUGAGUACAGUUUGCUGAUGAUUACUAAAAAUAUUCAGUUAGCCUUGAACUUUUUCAAGCUAAAUACUUGUGCAUUUUAUUUAACAAAACUGCCUUAAAACAACAUAGUUUUUUUAAAUAUUAUUUUCUAAAAUAUUUACAACUAAGUAAAUAAUAAAGAUUUUAUUUCUCUGA